AACGACAGCGAGUCAGCAACAGUGUGAUCCUCGCUUAUCCACUCGUCAAGGGUUUCAGUCGACCAUGGCGUCUUUUUCUGCCGCCCUCGUCGCGCUGCUGCUCGCCAGCUGCGCCGUGGCGGCCGCGGCCACGACGUUCGACGUCGGCGACGGGCACGGCUGGCAGACCGGCGUCGACUACACGGCCUGGACGUCCGACAAGACCUUCGCGGUCGGCGACAAGCUAGUGUUCAACUACACUAGGAAGGCGCACACGGUGACGGAGGUGAACGACAGCGGCUACAGCGCCUGCUCGGGCGCCAACUCCCUGAGCAACGACGACAGCGGCGCCACCACCGUCACGCUCACGAUGGCCGGCGUGCACUACUUCAUCUGCGACGUCACGGGCCACUGCCCCAACGGCAUGAAGCUCACCGUCACCGUGACGGUCGCCGGGGGCUCGACGACCGGAGGCACCGUCCCUACGGGCGCCUCCGGUGUGUCCCGCGGGCCGGCGGUGAGCGCCGCUGUCGCCGCUGCCGAGGGGGCUCUGGUCGCGCUCGCGCUCUUCUCAUGAAACCCGUCAUGAGUAGUAUGAUCAGGCCAGAAACGGACAGACCGUGCAGUUUGAUUCGUGUGUACGAACAAUAGUUCACUUGUUUUUUUGCUACGUUCACCGUGCACGCUCAAUCGCUCAUGUACUUACGUGACAUAUG